AAUUCAAUAUGGCCGUCUUCACACGUGUACUUUUUGUUUUGAAUAUUUUCAUUUUUUAUACGCAAAUAUGUGGAACAGACAUUCACAAAAAUACAGACUUCGAGACGAUUUCGGUCCAAGAUAUCGAGCACAUUACAAAGACGAGCUGCAUUUUAGCAGGCUUGUCGUUUUCGGAAAGUUUAAAUGACAAUUUUUUAAAUGUGUUUCAAAAGUUGCAAGUGGCCUUUAAAUAUGAACCAAGUGUUCGAAUAGCCUUGCUCAAGCAAGACAAGGACUUGCUACUGAGAAUUAAAUGGGAUAGCGACUUUAAACCAAAUCUAUUAAACGGCUCUGUGGUGUUUUUUCCAAGGAUUAAACCGGAUAGAGUGUGUCUUACUCCUAAACCGAAAUUUGUGCCCGUUGCAGAGGUAAAGUAUAUUAAACCAAAGACAAUGUUUUGUUAGCUGCAGUCAACAGAUUAAUAGCAGAAGAUGUUAGAUGGUUUUUCUGGACAGUUCAUGGGGGAAAAAUUCGGUAUUGAAGUACAAAUUUUUGAUUGUCUGUAUGAAUCAACAUGAAACAUUUGAAAAAGUAAUUUGAAUUUGGACUGUAAAGUUUUGCCUUUGGGGAUGAUUUUACUUGUCAAGGGGAGAGUGCUGCAACUCAAUGGGUUAAUAGCUAAGUAUUUUGAACAUUUUUCUAGGUUUGGAAAGGCAAUAUAGAUGCACAGUUAUUGCUGCUGUACCUGAAUUCAAAAUGUGAAACUUUUCGAAUGCUGGAUGGAAAUCUGUCAGCUCAAGGUAAAAGACGUCUUGAUAUCUUGGCAAACUUGUAUCGUCUGCCGAGAAUUGCGUUCCCGGGCAUGGCCGCAGAAUGUGAUCGGAUUAAAAUGCCGAGCAAAGGAGAGUUUCUUCACAAGUAUCUGUUCAGAUCAAAGCCUGUUAUAAUAGAAGGUGGGUUUCAUUCGUACUGUAAUUUAUCUUGAGGCAAGUGGGGAAUAAUUGGUUUAUUCCAGAAAACAUCCACACCUCUCCCACAGAGGAAGUUGAAAGUCAACCCCCCUACCCCCUUCAAAUGUUCUAAUACCGUACACUUACUUUUAUCUGAAAACAAAUUUUUCUACCCUACCCCUACAGAGACGGCAAAUUUUUUUUUGGGGGGAAAAAUAUAAUAAACAUGCUUAGAAAAAGGCAGCAUUGGCUUUUAGUACUUUCCAAAAAUUCCAUGCUUUAUGGAAUUUUUGAGAAAAUUAGUGCAAAGUUUGCACUAUGAUAGAUAGCAGCCUGUAAAAUAAUAUUGCACGAUGACUGAUUUCUGGUCAUUCACAAUCUUUCCAAAGGUGCUCUAGAGAACUGGGCAGCUCUCAAAAAAUGGACAAACGAUUUCCUCGAAUCGAAAUUUGGUGAAAACGAAAUUCACAUUAAAAUGACUUCGGACGGUGUUUUCGAGGGAUGCGAUCGGGCGGAACACUUUUCCGAUUUUAAAUCUUUCCACAUUCCCGAUUUUGUCGCAAAACAGCUUCCAUUUCCUGACCUCGUUGUCGUCCGCCCAGCGUCCAUGAAUCUGGAUUUUGCCUCUUUCAUGAAAAUGAUUCGCCUGCCGCCAAAAGCAAACAUGUCCGCAUACUUAGAGUAUUCGUCAAUUCCCGAACACAUGCCCGAGUUGGAACAGGACAUCUCGGAAUUUGAUUUUGUGAAAGAUAUUUUGACGAGGAGACAUCUUAAUAUAUGGUUGAGCAAUGGAAACACGCUUGGCAAGUUGCACUUUGAUCCUUAUGAAAAUUUUCUUUGUCAGGUAAGAUGUCAAUUCAAUUCAGCAGCAAUUAUUUAAACACCAUUAAGAAUCAUGCAACACAUUGCUGAUAAAAAGUACAUGCUAAAAAUGAAAAUAUUAAAGUGCUGAUGACGUGAAAAUUUGACCCAGUCUUUUCCACAUGAUUGCAUCACAAAGAUCAGUGAAACAUCGCAAGGACGGUUACAGCUGUAACCGUCUUUGUGAUUGCAUCAGUCACAAAGAUGGUUACAGCUCAACAGCUGGGCUCUGUAGCUCAGUUGGUUAGAGCGCUGCACCGGAAUCACAGAGCCAUAGGUUCAAUUCCUACCGGAGGACCUUGUGCUGCAUUUUUCGCAGUCGUUCCUGGUUAGGUCUUAAAAUGUAUAUAUACUCAUUUGGAUUACAAACCCCUCUUUGGAAGAAUACUAGUCUUCAGUUGUAGCUUUCUUCAUUUCCGAGAUAUCAGGGCUCGAAAUAGCGGGCUGCCAAUGGCCAAAAGCAGGCCAUAUUUUAGAAAUGACAGGCAAAAACAAAUUGGAACUGCCAAAGCAAAAACAAAUUGCAGGUGAAAUUCUAUAGAUAUUUCAUUUCAUUUGCUGACCACAACUCAUAUACACUAGUAACUAUAUUUGAGAUUAUAUUUGAAAUGUAAAUCCAAGUUUACUGUAGUAAAAUAGACAAGUUUAAAAACAAUAAAAAUGCAUAUCAUGAAAUCAUUGAUUUUUACAAUAUCAUAUGAGACAUCGCCAUUUUGGCAGUUCAAUGAAUAAAAAUGGCAGGCGAAAAUUUAUUUCACCUGCCAAAAAAUUUUAGACUGGCAGACCAUAUUUUUUCUCUACUUUGAGCCAUGGAGAUAUUCAACUUUGUUUGAUCUGCAAACAUCGUCAGCAUGGCAUCACACUGCAUAAUGAGAUUUUUGAAGAGAAUCAUAAUUUUGAAAUUGGUUAAAAUAUUCCACAUACAGAUUGCUAAUUAUUUUUCACUCGUGCAGACUGCAUUAUUUACUCUUUUUUUAAUUAACUUAUUUUUAAAUUUUUGAUACUUUAUUUAAUAAUUUUGACACUAUCAUAUUUAAUACUUUUUCCUCUUUCUUAAUUGUAUUUUUUUUGUAUUGUAUUUGUAUUGUUUUUUGUUCGGUAAAAAUUUAAUAAAUUGAAAUUGGUUGCACUUCAAAAAACUGGGCUAUUGUCAGCAAAGAGAAUGAGUUUACAUUCUACUUUAGAAUUCAGUAUGUGUUUUUUUUUCUCAUUUUGCAUCCGUCAUAUUCCACAGAUUAGUGGCUCAAAACAACUCACCCUAUUUGAACCUCACAACAACGACCAACUCUAUGAGGGACACAUACAAGAGGCCAUUUUGGGAUACGAUAAAAAUUCUAAAAAAUUUUCCAAGAAAAAAUUACUGGAUAGUACAUCGAUGGUUAUGUCACCUAUAGACAUUCUCAGACCAGAUUACGAGAAUUUUCCGAAAUUUAAAGAAGUUCCCGGGAUGAGAUGUACUAUACAUGAAGGAGACGUGUUGUAUAUGCCAUCGUUUUGGUGGCAUGAAGUACAAUCUGUUCCCAGCAAGGAGAAACGAAAUCUUGCUGUGAAUUUCUGGUAAGUAUAUUGCUACUUUGCUAACCCUUUAUAGAGGUAAUAGCUUAGCUGCUUUGCAAGUUAACAACAGUGAGUUCUACAACAUUUUCCCAACUUUUUUCUCACGGAUCGUAUCGCUAAACCGAAAUUUAUCAGUUCCUAAAACCAUAGUAUUACUCUUUUAAUCAUAUAGAGGGCAAAAUUACUCAAAUAUGAUUGGCUAAUGAUGAGGGCAUUUUUUCUUAAUUCAAGACAAAAUUACUUGUACCUGGUUGGCUGAGACGCAAGCGCGGGAGGUUUCUUGCUUUAAAUAGCAAUAAAAACAAUGGCUUCUCGCUUUGUCGUUGUGGAUAAUAAUGUUAUUGAAGAAUUAAAAACUUCUAGUGAAAACUCGAAUACUACUAAAAAGUACAAUUUUAUGGGUUUGGAGUAUUUAAGAAAUGGGCAGCAUUAAGGAACUUUGGCCAAAGCUUGGAGACAUACGAGGUUCAAGAACUCGACAAGUCCACAAUUAACCUGCAAUUAACUUACGAAUAAAUUUUGCCCUCUGUGAUUAACAAGUGUAAUCGCACAGUUCCUCGUAAAAUUAAGUUUUAAUUUCACUUGUGUUUUCAAAGGUUCACAAAUUUGUGAAACCAUAGUUAAUAGAAUAGAUGGUCUGGAAAUUCAUUAGAAUAACAAUAUAACUCGUUAUCUAUGUUAGUCAACGUUUAUUCAUAAAUCUGGUCGUUUCACCGUCACGUGUGUAUUGUAUUUUUGCCAAAUCCACCAUUCGCAAUUUCCAAUUUACCCUAUUGUUCGAGUCACGGAUAGGUAACUUUCCUAAAACAUUGCUAUUGGUUAGUUGGGCAAAAAUACAAUACGCACGCGACGGUGAACGACCAGAUUUAUGAACAAACGUUGACUAACAUAGAUAAUGAGUUAUAUUGUUAUUCUAAUGAGCCAUCUAUUCUAUUAACUAUGGUGAGACUUUGAAAACACACGUGAAAUUAAACCUUAAUUUUACUCGCCCCCUUGCGAUUACCUAUACAAAUUGAGGUUAAAAUACGAAAUUUCGGCAGACGCCUUGCAGCCUUACAAAAUGAAGUCCAAUCACACCAUCUUUGGCUUCACAUUUUGGACUCAGUUCUCACUCCAGUAUAUAUAGACAGGUCACUGGUUACCAAUGGAAAAGUGCAUCAUGAUAUUUUCUUUCGUUUAUUCCAUUAUUUUAGGUAUGAACCGUUUCUUACAAAGGAAUUUCCAUGUGCAGAAUGUCCGAUGGAUAUAAAUCCACACUACUUUCAUAAUUUAUUGUAAUAAUUUAAGUUUUUUCCGGCUGUAAAUAGUUGAAUAAUAUAGGUUUUUAAACUCUAUAAAAAAUUAUAGGACAGUGUCAGGAUUUUGGUUAUAUACAAUUUUCAGACCUACCCAGGAGCAAUUGCGAACUAAUGGGAGGGUGUUGAUGGGGUAUAUCGUGAGUCGUGAUGCACUCAAUUUCGGUUACUGUCAGUCGUGAAAACACUAAAAAUUUAGCGUGAAUCGUGAGGAAAAAAUACUGUUUAUUAACGUUUCAGAACACUUCUCAAAGAUUUCCCGUUAAAAUAUCAAAAUUUUACUUAUUGUUACCGUUAAAGGCACAGUUCAGCCUUUUGAACGAUGGUUUUUAAGGCGCAUUUCAG